CUUGGACACGGCGGCCACCCAGAGCCGAGCGCAGCCCGCCCACGCAAGCACCCACCUACCUGGACCAGGAUGAUCGAUCCGCUAUAAAACUCCCCACCCCAUGCCUUCUCACAACUCCUCCUUCUUCUCUUGCACCUCCAAUCCAAUCAAAACAAUACUAAUGGCCAAGGUUCACCCCAACGCCGCGGACCCAGAGCAGGAGGAUCAUCAUCAGCAGGAGCCGCCCACGGUGCUGGUGCUCACCGUGUGGCGCAAGUCCCUCCUCUUCAACUGCCACGGCUUCACCGUCUUCGACGCCAACGGCGACCUCGCCUUCCGCGUCGACUGCUACGCCACCGCCUCCAGCAGGCGCGCCGAGGUCGUCCUCAUGGACGCUGCCGGCAAGCCGCUCCUCACCGUCCGCCGCCGUAAGAGGCUCAGCCUCACACAACACUGCUGGGUCAUCUACGACGGCGACGGCACCACAGCCAGGCCGCUCCUCUCCGUCCGCCGCCACGCCAGCCUCCGGUCGUCCAGCAAGACGCUGGCCCACGUGACGCCGCUGGGUUCUGCGGCCGCGGAGUACUCGUACGUGGUGGAGGGGUCGUACGGCCGGCGGGCCUGCGCCGUGCGCGACGCGCGCGGCGGGGGCGCCGCGGUGGUGGCAGAGGUGCGCCGGAAGGAGUCAGUGGGCGACGACGUGUUCCGGCUGGUGGCGGACCCACGCCUGGGCGCGCCGCUCGCCAUGGGCCUUGUCAUCGCGCUGGACGAGAUGUUCGGCGCCGGCCAUGGCUCGGCGCGGUCCCUGCUGCCAAGGACAUGGUCCGUGUAGCAGCCGUGCAGGCGCCCAAGGACACCCACGUGUACAGACCUCUCUAGUCUCUGAGGCUGUGAGCGGUAGUACACUGUACAUAGAGAUCCCGGCUGUGAGCGGCAGCCGUUAUUACUUUAUUAGCAACAAUACAGAGUCCGAUGCUCUCAGCCAGCCCUAGGCAAAUCUGGCUAAUUUUGUAUUAAUCUCCCUCCAGGAUUAAUGUUUUCAGCUUCAGUUUGCUGAUUCAACUUUUUAAAGUCAGGGUUCAUACUCUGAUCUGAGCUUGUAUUAUUGUCUGUUUUAGUUUCAGUAUACACAAACCAAUCUCUACUGCAA